CGAUAGCAAAGAUGGAUGGAAGUCCCUUCAGCCCUUCCUCUCUCCUAGUCCCAGUUCAGCUUUCACCAGAGGGAUGCAGGUCUUAUGACUCUGGAUGUAAGCACCAGCAAUGCUCAGCAGGUGCCCAAGACUCUUGUCAAAGUAUGCCAUUGUUGAAGAGGCUGGAAGCCCAGGAUCCAAAACUCACAAUGGAGAUCGACGCCGCUGGUGAAAAAUGUGACAAAACGCAAAAGACAACAGGCGAAUGUUGCCAGAAAAUGUUGAGAGCCCUGAGCUGUGUCGGAGGAGAUAUGAAGGUGUUUGGAGACUGGCUAAAAGAUAAGCCUGUGGCCCUCCAAUUUGUUGAUUGGCUUCUGCGGGGUGUUUCUCAAGUGAUGUUUGUCAACAAUCCACUCAGUGGCCUCAUCCUGCUUAUUGGAUUCCUGGUGCAGAGCCGUUGGCUGACGCUCAUGUGUUGUACUGGAGUGAUUGUUUCAACUUUAACUGCAGUUAUUCUAAGCCAAGAGAGAUCCGCAAUUGCUGCCGGACUUCAUGGCUACAACGGUGUCCUGGUAGGGAUGUUGAUGGCUGUUUUCUCAGACAAGGGGGAAUAUUACUGGUGGCUCCUACUUCCUGUUGUUCUCAUGUCCAUGACCUGCCCCAUCUUUACCAGCGCUUUAGCUUCGCUCUUCAGCAAAUGGGACCUUCCGGUUUUCACGCUGCCUUUCAACUUGGCUCUGAGUCUGUUUCUCGGGGCCACCGGCCAUUAUAAUUCUUUCUUCCCUACCACGCUGAUCGAACCAACCGCCUCUUUGCCCAACAACUCUUGGUCCGGCGCUCAAGUGUCUAUGCUUCUGAGGUCUAUUCCAGUAGGAAUUGGGCAGGUCUAUGGUUGCGAUAACCCUUGGACUGGUGGCGUCGUCAUGCUGGCUGUGUUCAUUUCAUCCCCUCUCAUCUUCAGUCAUGCGGUGCUUGGCUCAGCAGCUGGGAUACCUGCAGCCCUGAGUCUGGCCUCCCCUUUGAACAAAAUUUACGCUGGCUUGUGGAAUUACAACAGCUGCCUCUCCUGCAUUGCCAUUGGAGGGAUGUUCUACGCCCUCACCUGGGAGACAUUUGUGUUGGCAAUAGCGUGCGCUUUUUUCACCACUUACGUGGGAGAAGCAAUGAGCCGCGUCUUUUCCGUGUUUGGGCUGCCAGUAGGCACCUGGCCCUUCUGCUUAUCUUCGCUCGCCUUCCUGCUCUUAAGCACCACCAACAAGGCCAUCUUCAAGCUGCCUCUCUCCAAAGUCACCUAUCCAGAAGCCAACCGGGCGUACUAUGUGGAGAGAAAGAAACAGUGUUCUGAAGAAUCCGUUUGCGACAAAGUGUAAGCGAGCAGACAGAAGAGUCGGUCUUCCAACUUACAGAGUCUUCCCACGGAAGAGCAGAAGAAAAACCUAGUUUUCAGUGGACCGUUUGUUUUUCUUGAUUGUAGAUGCCUUCACUUGGAUCAGUCAAGUUCAACGUUCAAGGUUCAGGAGUGAAUGUAUUCAUCUGGGAAGGAACGUAAUAUAAGUGGGACAAUUCAGUUUAAACCAGGGGUGUCCAAACUUGGCAACUUUAAAACUUGUGGACCUCAAUUCCCAGAAUUCUUCAGCCUUGUUGUUUUUUAAAAAGCCAUAAAAUCAGACAUGACUCACGAGCCAUGAGCUGAUGUGGCCCAGCGGCUGGAGUGCAGCACUGCAGGCUACUUCUGCUGACUGCCGGCUGCCUGCAAUUCGGUAGUUCAAAUCUCAC